AUGGUUAAUUGCAGAAUGCAUAACUUGGGCACUGAAGCUAAUGAAGUAAACUUGGACGACGAUGAUUUGAUAUUUACUCCUCAAGUAUCAGAUGAGUUCAGGCCAAAAAAAGGGCAAGAAUUUGACACAAUAGAUGAUGUUGUGACAUUCUAUAAUGCUUAUGCUAAAGCAGCUGGGUUUAGUGUAAGGUCUUGGACUACUCAGAAAGAGCCUAAAGCAGCUGGGUUUAGUGUAAGGUCUUGGACUACUCAGAAAGAGCCGGGAAGUUGUGAAAUAAGAAGAAAUGAGUAUGUUUCUUUUAAACAAGGAAAAUCUCUAAAAAUCAUGGAUGUUGGAAAGAAAAGACGUCGAGGAAGCUUAGCUGAGGAUUGUACUGCAAAAAUUACUGUUUUAAAAUCAAACUCCGGAAAAUACAUUGUUACUGUUUUUAAUAAGGAGCACAGCCACACACUAUCAACACCAUCAAAGCAUCAACAAUUCAGUUUUCUUGGAGUACAAUCUGGAGGUAUAGAAAAUAUUGGGUGCACUCAAAGAGAUUUGUAUAAUCAUGAAAGGGAUAUCCAUGCUGAUUUGAAGGGGGGCAUGAUGGCCGAUGAGAAACAAAAGAUUACUCGUUGUUUUUGGUCCGAUGCAAGAUCAAGGCGGGCUUACAAAUUUUUCGGUGAUGUUGUAAUCUUUGAUACUACUUAUAACAUUAAUCGCUAUGGCCUUAUAUUUGCACCAAUGAUGGGGGUUAACAAUCAUGGUCAAACAAUUGUUUUUGCUUGUGGAUUUUUGAAUCAUGAGAGCGUUGAUGAUUUUGUAUGGUAUUGUAGUUGGCAUAUAUUAAUAAAGUUUUCUGAGAAAAUUGAUGCAGUGAAGUAUAGUAUUUAUAAAAGUGAGUUCUCGGCUUGCAUUUGGAAAUCAGAGACUCCUGAAGAUUUUGAUUUACAAUGGGAAAGUCUGAUUAAGAAAAGUGGGUUAGAAGGAAACAAGUGGUUGCAAGACCAAUAUGAACUUCGGUCAAGAUGGAUUCCUGCAUAUGUUAAUCACAUUUUCUCAGCAGACAUGUCAAGUAGUCAACGAGCAGAAAGUGUACAUGCAUUCUUUAAGAAAUUUGUUUCAAAGAAUAAUUCAUUGGUUGAUUUUAUGAUACAGUUUGGCAGGGGAUUAGUGCGCCAACGACAUGAGGAGUUAAUGGCCGAUCACAAAGAUGUAAUUGAGAAACCUAAACUUAGAAUAAAUCAUGACUUUUUGGAGCAAAUGGUUGAUAUUUACACGAAUGAGAUCUAUUACAAGUUUGAGGCUGAAGUGUGUGACAGCUUUAACUACAAGUUACAGUUUGUUAGGGCAACUGACAAUCAGAGUGUGUAUCAAAUUCAAAGAAAGAAGCUCGCAAAAAGUAAAGUCCGCGAAAUUGUUUACGACAAGGACUUGGAUUUGGUUUCUUGUAGUUGUAAAAAGUCCGAAAGCGCUGGAAUUCCAUGUACGCACAUUAUAUCAUAUUUGAUGAAAAUUGAUGCUGAAAUAUUACCCGAUAAAUACAUCUUAAAGAGGUGGGCUAAGUCUGCAAAAUCGGGGACAUUGGUUGAUGAUAAAGGUAUGCAGAUAAGCCCUGACAAUUCUUAUCUUUUAACGUGGAGUCAAUUUAUCCAAGCAUCUUUGGAAUUAGUUGACAAGUCCCUUCUAUAUGAAGAAACGAGGAAGAUGUUUACUGAUGGAGUGCGUAUCAUUAAUGAGCAAAUCAAUCAAUUUCUUAGUAGCCACAUGGUUAGUGGCUGCACGGUUGCAAAGAGCUUCACCGAGAAAAAUAAUCAAAUGAGUAGUAAUUUAAUGGAUGAUGGUACUAGUGUGCAGGAUUCUUGUCUUCUACAUGCGGUGAUACAAAUUGGCAAGAGGGUAAUGGGUCAUCAAGUGAAUAUGGGGAUGAUGUGCUCCUAUGAAGACGGUGACAAAUUUGUAUGGCUUGGACACUACACUGUUCCACAAGAGAUGAUGAUGUUUGCAAGUGGUUCACUGCUUGGCUAUUUUUGGAUGGAUGCCGAUCUUAAAUGGAUAUUGGUUGUAUUUUUCUAG